CAUUCUAAUUAUGUGCAACUUCCUAUAUAUGAUUCUAUCAGUCGACCCACCCUGUAAACUUAUGUUGAUUUCUGUAAAACCACUUCUCACAAACUCGCACUGCAGCGGCAUGAUGAAGGAAGUUAAAUCCCAAGUCAAGGCUGGUGUUGAGAUUGGAACAUUCUGGAAAGCUCUGACUAAAGAUAUGAGAUUUAUCAUUCCAAAGAUUGUCCCAAAUUUAGUGAAGGAAGUGGAACUUGUUGAAGGAGAUGGUGGCCUCGGUUCAGUCCUGCUCUUCAAGUUUGGCUCUGAUGUGUCAAAUAUGAGUUACCAGAAGGAGAAAAUUGUUGAGCUUGAUGAGUGUCUGCAUAUAAUCUCACUGCAAGUGGUUGAAGGAGGCCACCUGAAUCUUGGUUUUUCUGUAUAUAAAACAACUUUCCAGUUGACUUCAAUAGGAGAACAUGAGACUUCGAUCGAUGUCAUUGUGGCAUAUGAGUCGGAAGUUGAAGAGAGUAGCAAGCCAUCAAAGACAACUGCUUCUGCAUUAGCUUUUAUCAAAUGCCUAGAAAGUUAUCUGCUUAAUGGUGCUUCCUAAAUUUUCUUUAAUUGUGAACUACUCCAUGAUCUAUCCAUAACUGGUCUUCCAUAAUCUCUAAAAGCUUGAUACAUGUAAUAGAAAAAACAUGUUGCUUAUAGCAGUUUUAGUAUUGUCGAAUACAAUCACUCUUCAACC